CCAUGCGCUGCAUGCCGGGAUACAUCUCCGUGUUGACACAAAAUGGUCGAGUAUAUUUCGUGACCUGGGAGUUUAGCAGGCCUAAAAACCAAACUUGUAUCGUAUUAUUUGUCAAAGCUGAACAUCCAUUGGAAUAGUAUAUAGUAAGUGCCGAAUAUAGUGUUCUAGGAAGGACACACGAGAGCAAGACUGUCGAAGGAAAGCUGAUUUGGCCACAGACAGAAAGUCCGCCCCUGAAUGACUCGGCUACCGCUCACAGAGUCCAGUUACCUACAUCACAGAGCACACUAAACCAAGCCGAAUGUAAGUGGCAGGAAGAGAGCGGCUGCAAAGCAUCUAAUCGAGCGCUACUUUAGCCAGUUAACAGAGGGCUGUGGAAAUGGGGCCUGCACGAAUGAGUUCUGUGCUUCGUGUCUUGGCUUUCAACCGCUGGAUCACAACGCGGCGGCCAUCAGAGCCCUGGAGCUCUAUAAAAUGAAUGCCAAACUGUGUGGUCGUCACUCUGCUGCCUUCCCUGACAACAGCAGUGCCAAAGAAACCCACCCUACCUUAUUGGGCGACCGUCACGGGAAGAUGCCAGACCACGAAGACAACCUGUUUCCUCCUAGGGAAGACUUCAGAGAGGUGCAUUACCUGACCGAGGAGAAAGUGUAUGAGAUCCUGAGUAUCUGUGAGGGGAAGAAGGACUACUCUCCUCUGAUCCGAGUCAUCGGGAGGAUCUUCUCCAACGCCGACGGGCUGGUGCAGAGCUUCAGGAAAGACCAGGAGCAGCACCCCAACACCAAGGAGCAGCACCCCAACACCAAGGAGCAGCGUAAGACCCACCAGGCCAAAGAUGAGGACAAGGACGAGGACGACAAGGAGAGAACCACCGCCAUGGAGCAGGAAUCAGAGGCCUCGGCAUCCAUGGAGGGAGCGACGGGAUCGACGGAGAACAGACUGGGUCCUGUGGAGGUCUCAGUGGACAUAGAAGCUGUGAGGAGAGUGUACGACAGACUCCUCUCCAACGAGAAGAUGGAAUCAGCCUUCCUCAACGCCCUGGUCUACCUAACUCCCAACGUAGAGCUGGAUCUAACCUAUCUAGACGUGUACGACACCAACCCAGACUACCUGAACAUCUUCAUCAUCGUGCUGGAGAACAGCAGCCUCCACAGCCCAGAGUACCUGGAGUUGGCCAUGCCUCUGUUCUGUAAGUGUAUGAGUAAACUCCCUCUGCCUGCCCUGGCCAAGCUGACGCGCCUGUGGUCUCAGUACAGUGUAGAGCACAUCAGACGCAUGAUGGAGACCUUUCAGCAGCUCAUCACCUACACGGUAAUCAGCAACGAGUACGACAGCGACAGUCUGGUCAACGAUGAUGAGUGUGUGGUGGCUGCAGCCAAGUGUCUGAAGCUGGUGUUCUACGCCAACGUCCUGGGAGGAGACCUGGAUACGGGUCACAAUGAGGAGGAGGAGCCUGCAUCAGAGUCCAGCGAGCUCACCCUGCAGGAGCUCCUGGGGGAGGAGAGGAGUAACAAGAAGGGGCCCCGGGUCGACCCUUUGGAGAAGGAGCUGGGAGUCAGGACCCUGGACUGCAGACGACCCCUCAUUCCCUUCGAGGAGUUUGUCAACGAGCCGUUGAACGAUGUUCUAGAGAUGGACAAGGACUUCACCUUCUUCAAGGUGGACUCGGAGAGUAAGUUCUCCUUCCAGAGCUGUCCCUUCAUCCUCAACGCCUGCACCAAGAGCCUGGGACUGUACUACGACAACCGCAUCAGCAUGUACAGCGAGAGGAGGAUCACAGCGCUCUACAGCCUGGUACAAGGACAGCAGCUCAACCCAUACCUCAGGCUCAAAGUACGACGAGACCACAUCAUCGACGACGCCCUCGUCAGGUUGGAGAUGAUCGCCAUGGAGAACCCAGCGGACCUGAGGAAGCAGCUGUUUGUAGAGUUUGAAGGAGAGCAGGGUGUGGACGAGGGAGGAGUGUCUAAAGAGUUUUUCCAGCUCGUCCUCGAGGAGAUGUUCAAUCCUGAUAUUGGCAUGUUUACGUACGACGAGUCCACCAAGCUGUUCUGGUACAACCCGUCCUCUCUGGAGAACGAGGCCCAGUUCACCCUGAUAGGCAUCGUCUUGGGCCUGGCCAUCUACAACAACUGUAUCCUGGAUGUUCACUUCCCCAUGGUGGUCUACAGGAAACUAAUGGGGAAGUUAGGCACCUAUCUGGACCUGACAGACUCACACCCGGUUCUGUACCAGAGUCUGAGGGAGCUGCUGGACUACGAGGGGGAUGUGGAGGAGGACAUGAUGAUCACCUUUCAGAUCUCACAGACUGACCUGUUUGGAGACCCCAUGACUUAUGACCUGAAGGAAAACGGGGACAAGAUACCUGUUAAUGCGGACAAUAGAAAAGAAUUUGUGUCUCUGUAUAGUGAUUACAUACUUAAUAAGAGUGUGGAGCGCCAGUUCAAAGCCUUCAGGAGGGGCUUCCAGAUGGUCACCAAUGAGUCGCCUCUCAAGUGUUUAUUUAGACCUGAGGAAGUGGAGCUACUGAUCUGUGGAAGCAGGAAUUUAGACUUUCAAGCGCUUGAAGAAACGACAGAGUAUGACGGAGGCUACAGCAAGGAUUGUCGCAUUAUUAAAGACUUCUGGGAGACGGUGCAUUCGUUUGGUGAGGAGGAUAAGAGACUGUUCCUCCAGUUUACUACGGGGACUGACAGAGCACCCGUAGGAGGCCUGGGCAAGUUAAAGAUGAUCAUCGCCAAGAACGGCCCCGACACAGACAGGUUACCUACUUCUCACACGUGUUUUAAUGCUUUGCUGCUCCCUGAAUACGAUUCAAAGGAGAAACUGAAGGAGAGACUUCUCAAAGCCAUCACUUAUGCCAAAGGAUUUGGAAUGCUGUGAAACAAGCAAAAAUGACAACUCUGCAAAAACAAAACAAAAACUUCCUGUCUUCAGUUCAAUGGUUUUAUGUUUUGUAAUGGAGAAGGAAGGAAUUAUACAAUGAUGCAACAGUUGAAAUUAAUGUGGCAUUACGACAAGGAAGUGCUCCAGAGACUGUGUGCCUGAACAGCAAAUAGACUCAACUAGCAGACAUUCGAUCUAGCCUCCCCCCCUCAGAUCCAUUUAAUAUACGUAGAACCUUCUCCUUACAUUCUAGGUUAUUCAAGCUGUUGAAAUCAGUUAUAAUUCUUACUGGAGCUCGCUUGGUUUAUUUGAUGUGUAAAAAAUAAAUAAAAAUUAAGAAGAAGAAGAAGCAGGUUAUCAUUGAUUGUUGUGAAAGUGCACUUAACUAGACCUUCUGAAUGUUAGUGAAUGGUAUAUACAUUACUGUAUACUGCCGUCUUAGGACAUUAUGGUAGUUUAUGAUUUUCUUUAAUGCCAGCAGUGUUGUCGGUAACACUUCCUAAUAUAAUACCCUCUUCAUAAUGCAUUGAAAAGUACAUUUAUGAGCUAUGCAUAAUGCAUUAUAAUGCCUUCCAGGUGUUUUAUAGCUGCUCAUAGACCUCUAUAAUGCUUUGUUUCAAGUUUUAUUGUCACGUGCACAAGUACUGUGAAAUACUUUUUCACUGUACUUGAAGGGGGGUGUUCAUAUGACGUGUUAGCGUGGUGUCGCGUAAGGCACAGGACUAUUCUAACCAGUACACCAACACAGUGUUCCUGCUCUGCUGUAAGCUAUGCAAGUGGCACCCUAUUCCCAACAUAGUGCACUACUUUUCACCAGGGCCCCUACAUAGGGAAUAGGGUGCCAUUUGGGGGCGCAACCCUUAUGUAUGAUGGCGUUGCAUCGUCGUCUGUACCUGCUGCCUCUUUGGCAAAUCUCCCUGCUACUUUUGGCUGUGGUCCUGCACUCUUUCUAAUGUGUUGAAUAGCUUGCUGUUCAAUACCUAUAUGUUUUUUGCAAUGUUCAUUUUGUACGCCAGACAAAACAGAGCACACUCUCUUAGCCCUGACGGAGUGCUUUCAGUUUUUUGUAUUUUAUUUUAAUGCAUGGUUACAGACACAAAGUAAGUAAUUCGCUUUACAAAAGCUCCAGUGAAUUGUCAAGUCAUGUUAGUUCUUUGGUAGAUGUACUCUCACUUACAGUUGCAAAAACAUUUGGGGGGGAAAUGUUUUACCCAAAAUCCCUUGGUUUUACAGAAAUCCCUUGGUUUUACAGACAUCCCUUGGUUUUACAGACAUCCCUUGGUUUUACAGACAUCCCUUGGUUUUACAGACAUCCCUUGGUUUUACAGACAUGCCUUGGUUUUACAGACAUGCCUUGGUUUUACAGACAUGCCUUGGUUUUACAGACAUGCCUUGGUUUUACAGACAUGCCUUGGUUUUCCAGACAUGCCUUGGUUUUCCAGACAUGCCUUGGUUUUCCAGACAUGCCUUGGUUUUCCAGACAUGCCUUGGUUUUCCAGACAUGCCUUGGUUUUCCGGAAAGCCCUUGGUUUUACAGAAAGCCCUCGGUUUUACAGAAAUCCCGGUUGGAAGAGUCCUAGAAUCUGGAGGGAAUAAAGAGGAAAUCCAGAAUCUUCCAACAAGGAGUUUUGGAAAACCUGGGAACGUUAGCAGCAUUCUGCAACCCUAAUCUGACUUCACAGUUCAUCUGAAACCUGGGAACGUUAGCAGCAUUCUGCAACCCUAAUCUGACUUCACAGUUCAUCUGAAACCUGGGAACGUUAGCAGCAUUCUGCAACCCUAAUCUAACUUCACAGUUCAUCUGAAACCUGGGAACGUUAGCAGCAUUCUGCAACCCUAAUCUGACUUCACAGUUCAUCUGACCCAUAUAAUGUGAAAUAUUGACUUGGAGAAAAGUGUUUUAUAAUAAUAACACUGAAUUGAUGUGCCACAUCGAUGCUCAGAACAGUGUGUUAUUCUCUGAAGUAUUUUUGGUUCGUUGGUGUUUGAUUUGGUGUGACUGUGGUUUGGUUUUCAUUAUGCUAUACACCUGAAAGCCUGCCAAGCCAUGCAGAACAUUUUUGGUUUAAUAUCCAAUAAUGUGUACAACAGUCUUGGCGGGAAGGGUUUAAUGGUUUGGUUUGACAUCUUGUGAUGUGUACAACAGUCUUUGCAGGAAGGGUUUAAUGGUUUGGUUUGACAUCUUGUGAUGUCUACAACAGUCUUUGCAGGAAGGGUUUAAUGGUUUGGUUUGACAUCUUGUGAUGUCUACAACAGUCUUUGCAGGAAGGGUUUAAUGGUUUGGUUUGACAUCUUGUGAUGUGUACAACAGUCUUUGCAGGAAGGGUUUAAUGGUUUGGUUUGAUAUCCUGUGAUGUGUACAACAGUCUUGUGUUUUACUGCCUGAAUUCAAAAUAGAUUCAAUAUGAAUUAUUUUUUUCCCACCGUUUUACAUACAAUACCCCACAAUUUUAGCAAAUGUAUUAAAUAAAAUCGAUGCAAUUUACAUCAGUAUUCACACCCCUAAAUCAAUACAUGUCAGAAAUCCCGUUUCUGAAUAAGUCUGUAAGAGAUUUGCACACCUGGAUCGUACAAUAUGUGCACAGUUCUGUCAAUUGGUUGUUGAUAAUUGCUAGACAGCCACUUGAACGUCUUGCCGUAGAUUUUCAAGCAGAUUUUAAAUCAAAACGGUAACUAGGUUACUCAGGAACCUUCAAUGUCAUCUUGGGUAACAACUCCAGUAUACAUUUGGCCUUGUGUUUUCAGUUAUUCUCCUGCUGAAAGGUCAAUUUGACUCUCAGUGUCUGUUGGAAAGCAGACUGAACCAGGCUUUCUCUAGUCCUUCCUGAUGACAAGCAUACCCAUAACAUGAUGCAACCGCCACUAUGCACAACACAUAUUGAUUAUAUGAAGAUUUGUACUUACUUUAGUGAUGUGUUGAAUUUGCCCCAAACAUAACACUUUUUAUUCAGGGUAUAAAGUGAAUUUCUUUGCCACAUUUUUUGCAGUUUUACUUUUAGUGCCUUAUUGCAAACGUGAUCCAUGUUUUGGAAUAGUUUUUAUUCCGUACAGGCUUACUUCUUUUCACUCUGUCAUUUAGGUUAGUAUUGUGGAGUAACUACAAUGUCCUCAGUUUUCUCCCAUCACAGCCAUUAAACUCACAAACUGUUUUCAAGUCCCCGUUGGCCUCAUAGUGAAGAAUCUCUAUUUAAUUUGUUUUCAAUUCAGGCUUUAAGACAAAAUGUGGAUAAAGUCCAACCGCUGUGAAUACUUUCUGAAUGCGAUUGUAUUUAGUUGUUUGCUGCCUGGUUUAUUUUGAUAUAAUGGAAAUUAAGGAAAGUACAAACAUUUUAAUUAAACACUUGAUGUGUCAACAUAAUGCAAAAUAAAAUAAUACAUUUUUAACCCUG